GAUUAAUUAAUACUGAGAGAUGGAGGAAGUGUUGAAACGGACAGCUCUAAUAGGGAAUAUUGAUAUUUUCUAUGGAGUUGUCGAAACAGAACCGGGAAUUCUUAGAAUCAUAGAACAGAGAGAUUUUGCAGAAACCCCAUUACAUGUAGCUGCAUCUGUUGGCAACACAGACUUGGCUAUUGAAAUCUUGAAUUUAAAGCCUUCCUUUGGGAAGAAGCUAAAUCCCAGUGGAUAUAGCCCUUUGGAUAUAGCCUUGCAUAAUGGAGAGCGAGAGACAGUUAAGCAUCUCAUAAAGUAUGAUCCUGGGCUCAUUGGAGUACAAAGCAGGGAGAUGAAGACCCCUUUAGCGGAAAAUGAUGAUGCCGAUCUUGUUGCGGAGUUUCUUGUUGCCUACCCCACUGCGGUCGAGCAACUGACUAUUCGAGGAGAAUCGGCGGUGCAUCUGGCUGUGCUAGGGGGAAGUAAGAAUGCUUUCGAAGUUAUAAUGGGUUGGAUAACUCGAACAGACAAGAAGCAUGUACUAGAAUGGAAGGAUAAUAAAGGCAAUACAGUGUUGCACAUUGCUGCACAGACGAGUCAAGUUGAGGUUAUUAAGCGAUUGAUAAAAGAGAGAGUUUACCUUUAUGCUAGAAAUGAAGCAAAUGAGACAGCUCUUGACAUCGUUCGUACCUCAAUUCGGCAAUCUGUGCAAAAUUCGACAUCACAUGAUCAACAAGGCGGAAAUUAAAGAAAUUUUGCAACAAGCCGGUGCUAAGGAGUCGUCAGAGCUUCCUAAUAUCAUGUCCAUGAAGGAUAAUCUGACCUCAUACGACUUCAGAGACUGUAGACAGGUA